AUUGCCGAAGCGGCUGGCACGGCGACGACAGCGAGGCUAGACGGGGCGACACGUGUCCCGCAGCGUUACACGACGGCGAAGAUAGAGCUCCAAGGCGGCAACUGCAGCAAUCCAUUUGAUCGCAGAGUUAAACGUCGCAUUGUGAAAUUUGGAGGAGAGCUGGUUAUAUGAGUCGUCUGACUCGCGCGUUCACUCUGUUUAACUCGCCCGAGUCUCGCUUGUUCCUUUUCCCCCUUCUCCGUGCCCCGCCGACCAGAUCCCUCGCCGGUAAACCUUCGGCCGCCGCCACAUCUCCCAGGCAAUUCUCAAACCCUAGCAUCUCGAAGCGCAUAUCGGAAGCCGCCGCCUCCAGGCGUCGUAGACUCGAACCGCUCUCGACGGCGAUGGACGGCGACGAUUCGCGCGGCCCGGAGACCGACGCUCCGGCGGAGUCCGCCGAGGACUUCGUCACUGUCGAAAGCCCUGGUUCGCCCGGCGGCCAGAACGCUGGGGCCGAUCUCGAGAGCUUGGUGCAGAGCAUUUCUUCCGUGGAAGCAGAGAGAGGCGAGGAUGCGGCGGCGGAAGUCGCAGAUGAAGGCCUGGAGCGGAAGGUGCUGCCAGAGGAGCUAUCCCGGAGUGUGGUGACGCUUUCGUGUGAGUCUUCGGCGGAAGGCGGGGUUUGCGAUGUUUACUUGAUUGGGACUGCUCACGUUUCUCAGGAAUCCUGCCAAGAAGUUCAAGCUGUAAUCAGUUAUUUAAAACCACAGGUUGUUUUCUUGGAGUUAUGCUCAAGUCGUGUCGCUGUACUUACUCCUCAGAAUUUGAAGGUACCAAAAAUGACAGAAAUGGUGGAUAUGUGGAAGAAAGGGCACAAUCUCUUUGGAAUACUAUACGGCUGGUUUCUUGCCAAGGUUGCGAGUAAGCUUGAGGUUUUUCCUGGGUCUGAGUUUCGUGUGGCAUUUGAAGAAGCAGUGAAGUAUGGUGGCAAGGUGAUACUUGGUGAUCGCCCAGUACAAAUAACUUUACGAAGGACUUGGGUAAAAAUGCCAUUAUGGCACAAGACGAAGUUACUAUACUCUUUACUCUUCCAAGCAUUCUUUUUACCAAGCCCAGAAGAUAUCAAUAAGAUGCUGAAGGAAAUGGAUGAUGUUGAUAUGUUGACUCUUGUGAUUCAAGAGAUGAGCAAGAAAUUCCCAACUGUAAUGGAAACCCUUGUGCAUGAGAGAGACCAGUACAUGUCAUCCACACUGUUAGGAGUUGCUAGUGAGCACAGUUCAGUUGUUGCAGUUGUCGGUAAGGGACACUUGCAGGGAAUUAAGAGGCACUGGAAGCAUCCUAUUGAGGUGAGUGAUUUUCUGGUUGUAGAUAUACCUUCAAAGAAGCCGGGUAUUUCUGUUGUGAAGAUCCUUUCGACUCUGGGAGCUGCAGUUGCUGGGGUAGCAAUACUAUCUGGCAUUUAUCUUUCCAGCAAGAAAUAGGCAAUUCCUUCUCCUUGGAGCUGCAGUUGAGAAAUUAGAUUUUGAGAUGCUGGUCUACAGCUUUGUUUCUUAGUCGAAUUUUUUAAUCAAAUGCAGAGGCAAGAAAGGCCAGCAGAGUAUAGUCAGGUUUAAUGAUCCAUACUUUUCAAUUCUUCUUCUUCCUUCACAUUGUUCUAUUUGUUUUUGUUUCAAUUCGAGUUUUCCCCCCCCCUCCCUUUGAA